UCUUGCAGUGUGCGUGGUAAGACAAGGUUCAUUUCCCUUCGGCGGUUAUCCACGAGAAACAAGUGCCUUUCUCUCUGCCUAGAAUUCCUCUACGUGCUCCAAUGGAGAAGAUGGGAGUCGCCGAACCACAGCUGGAGGACCUCUUCAAGCAGAAGAAACCCGCCAGGAACCCUCUCGUACGUCCCCAUCGGUAACAUUAAUUUUUUUCUCCAUUCAUAACUCCACCGAUGAUUUCACUUAGAUAUCAUUCAAAAUGGUUUCACUGUUCACCUUUGAUUUUGGCUUCUUGAUUUCUGAUGCUGCUGAUACUGAAUGCAUGCCUUGAAAUGGAAAAAAUAUGAAUUUUUUUUUUGCUGUUAUGCUUUGUUGUUGUUCUUCUUCUCUGUGUUUAUAACCUUGUAUAUUGUCCUUGAUUUUCAAUUUAGGGAUUUUGGUAACCUCAUUAAGCUGAAAUCAACCAAAUUGGUUCUGAAUUCCGCCCAACGGGACUUAACAUUGGUGAAAUCUGCCACUGAUUUCAGUGGUGUUUGUCUGGAAUUUAUAACCUUGAGAUGAUUAAGUUAAAAAUUCAGUUUAAAUAGUAUUAUUUUGGAUUAGAGGUUUUGGAGAAUUUUCAGAUUGAGAACCAAAUAUUUUAAGCACUCAAACAAAAUUUUAACACUAUGGUGUUAAUGAGCUACAAUUUAGAAACAAAACAGAUUUGAAUUUUAAGUGUGAUAUGUUUGGCAUUGAUUUCAAUAAAGAUUUUUAUUAAUCAAGAGUUUGACCUUGGAUAUUAUCAGAAUCUUUUUAAUCUAAUAUUAAAGUUCAUAAGGUGCAUUUGUCACUGCUGGUGUGCUCACAGCAGGGUUAAUUAGUUUUAGACAAGGGAAAUCUCAGUUAGGGCUCGUGUGGUAGCUCAAGGUGCAACAGUUGCUUUAUGUUUGGCAGUGCCUACUACUAUGGAGAUCAAUUUAAGUGUACAAAGUAGGACAACUUCUUCAUUUUCAUUUGCUGUCUCUGUUCUGCGUGUUGAAUGACUGUAUCUUCGCUUUGGAAAUGCUUCUUUUUCAUGAAGAUGGAAUCGUGAAAUUGACUGUGAAAUGCAUUCAGAUUUCAUGCUUUGAAAUUUUAUUAUUGCCCAUCUGAACUUUGCACCAGUCAAAUGUAACUUUCUUUGAUGGGGAUCUUCUUUAAUGCAAUUCUAUUGGCAGUUAUUUUUUUUGGUGUUGUUAGUUAAGUGUUGAUCAUGUUCUUGUGAUCAUUAGAUAUGCAUGUAUUUUUGUGUGGUAUGUUUCUUUCUUAUGCCCUACUUUUUGAUAUAAGUAUAACAAAAUUGGAAUGUUCUGAUGAUGAAUAAAAACAUUAAGAGGACUGUUCUAAGUUGUGCACAAAGACAAAUUCUUGCAAUGGUGAAAUUUGAUGUUCUUGUCCUGUUAGGGAAAGGUGAAGAAUUUCCAUAGUGAAAUCUGAACACCACCAGAGAGUAUGAUAAGAGUAUAUGUUGUUCAAAAUUGCUGAACUUCUAAAUGUGCCCAGAUUAUAAAAAAUACCAUGAGGUUAACGGGACUAAUUUGCAUGGAGUUGUUGACAUAAAACUCAAAAUCAUCUAAAUUUGUAACACACAUGAAUGUCUCUAGAUUUGCAAUAGAAUUACACAUUAUAGCCCCGACAGAAUAAUAUCAGGAAUAAUUUCUUUGAUUUAAGAAAAAGCAAAACACUCAAUUCAUUAUUUUUACUAGUAGUUUUGUGUGGGUCAAAAACUUUUAUUAUGAGAUAAGUUCAUACUCCUCUCACCAAGUAUUAGUUUAUUCUUGCAUUUUAACAGAACAUAAUGGGGAAAUCUUGGGAGGGGAAUAAAUCCAUGUCUAGUUCCAGGAUUUCACAUAUAUAUGUAGAUCAUCCAUUGAACCUUCAAUAUCAGAAACACUUCACACAUGGACAUAUCAAAACAGACAUAUCACCUUCUUUGUAUUCUUAUGAAAGUGUGGAUAUAUUGAAUCUAAUUGUUGUUCAGUCAAUAAAUACAACCAACUAGUAAUAAUGAUUUGUGAAUUUUGACCAAGUUAUUUGAUGCAUAUGUGGAGUUACUAGUCAUAUGAUUAGUUAAUUAUCAACAAUUCCAGUUGAUGUAUGCUAUUUCCCUUAUAACUAAAAGAACCUAACUAAGGAUAUUUUUUUAUUUUGAGAGGGUGGAUAAGUUACUCAUGUAAUUAAAGUAAAAUUUAAAUACAUGAGACCAUGGAAACCGCAAGGUAUGAUAGUGCAUUGGAGAGACUAAAUAGAAAUAUACUAACAAAUAUUCCUGAACCAAUUUUAAAAGGAGUUUUUGGACACUUUCAGAGUGGAUAUAUGUCAUAUAUAUAUAUAUAUAUAUAUAUAUGUACAUAUCACGCCCUUCAUAUGUCUUUUGGUUUUUAUUUGAAUAACUAAAUUUGAAACAAACCCAGAUAAAGACUAUACAUAGUUCAAGGCUGUCAUAAGUAAUCCAAGAUGAUAAAUCCAAACCCUUGCAACAACCUUCAAUGAAUUGGCACAUUUUCUCAUCUACCUAUAAAGUUAAAUCACAUCAAACACAAAAACUAAGAGCCAUCUUGUUAACCUAUGCUCUCAAACUAAUAACCAAUCAAAAGCACUUGACCAAGUAAGAGCCAAUGCAUACUUUACUAUUCUGUAAUUAAAAAAAAAAAAAAACAAUAAUCUACCUGUUUGGAAAAUUCAAUUGUCCUUAGCUCCAAAUAACCACCCAAUUGGAAGCUCCAUAAGUUCCUCUUUUCUCCUUCUUGACUUCUCUCCAUAAGCCUAACUACAACUUCCUCUGCAUCACACUCUCAUGAGUGUCCCAACAUGGAGUUCAAACAACGCUUGAAUUCCAUGAUCUCCUUAGUCUUCAUCCUCAUCCUCAUCCCCCCUCAUUCUUCAACUUCACAACAAGAAGAAGACUAUGUCAAGAUAUCUCUGAUCACUUUCCUUCAGACACUCUCCGGAAAUGCAGUGAAGAUGAGUCAGCAACUUGGCUGGGAUAUAUCAUCUAAUCCAUGUUCCGGUGGGUGGACUGGUGUGAUAUGCCACAAUGGUUCAUCAUCGGUAACAGAAAUAACUCUUAAAGGUUAUGAUCUUUCUGGUUUCAUUGAUGCUGGUAUUAUCUGUAAAUCACUGUCACUUGUUGUCUUGAGCUUAAGCAAUAACAGUCUUCGUGGUGAACUCCCGUCGGAGAUCUCUAACUGUUCAGCAUUGACAAGUUUGGAUGUCAGCCAAAAUGAACUUUCAGGCCGGCUGCCUGAUUCACUGUCUGAGCUGAAGACCUUGGAAAGUCUCAACUUAUCCCAUAACAAUUUCUCCGGUUUAAUUCCAGCUUCAAUCUUCGGAAAUCUAAAACAGUUCGAUGUGUCAAAUAAUAAUUUCUCCGGUCCGGUCCCUCCUGAUGGUACCCGUUUUGGCAAUGGCAGCUAUUUGGGUAAUGCCGGGUUGUGUGGGGCGCCUCUUCAUAUUGCCUGUACAUCAGCAGCAUCACCGGUGGAGCAACCAAGGAAGAAAAUGCCGGCAAAGUUGCAAAUUCUCAUGUAUUCAGGUUAUUUUAUUCUUGGUAUUGCAUUCCUCCUGUUAUUAGUAUUUGUGUUGUCAUUGAAAAACAAGAAGAGAAAGAAGAAGACUGAGGAGAAAACCAUGGUUGAGAAUUAUAAAGAAGUGGUUGGAAACUCAAAUGGAUAUAAUAAGAAUACAAGUCGGUCUGAUUAUUCGACAUCUUCUGCAUCGCUUGUGUUACUGAAGAGUACUCAGGCAAAUAAUGGAUUGAGAUUUGAUGAUUUGUUGAAAGCUCCUGCUGAGUUGAUGGGAAGAGGAAUUUAUGGAAGUGUGUAUAAGGUGAUGCUUGGAGAUGGGACCAAGUUGGUUGUGAAGAGGAUUAAGGAAUGGAUGAUUUCUGAUGAGGAAUUUGAGAAGAGGAUGGAGAUGAUUGAUAAGGUAAGACACCAGAUAGUGCUUUCAGCAGUGGCCUUUUAUUGCUCUAAACAGGAGAAACUUUUAGUUUAUGAGUUUCAGCAGAAUGGUAGCCUUUUGAAGCUCCUUCAAGAUGCGGAAAGAGGCAGGCCAUUCAACUGGAGCAGCAGGCUAAACUUGGCUGCAACCAUAGCCGAAGGCUUAGCCUUCAUGCACAACAAUCUCCAAAUCAUGAGUCAUGGCAUCCCCCAUGGAAAUCUCAAGUCCUCCAACAUUCUCUUGAACAACAACAUGGAACCAUAUAUAAGCGAAUACGGGAUAAUGUCGACCAAUAACAGGACUCAUCCAUCUCCAAACAAGGAAAACAACAACAAAGACGGUGACAUGAAAACUUUCAAGACUGAUGUUUAUAGCUUUGGUAUUCUUCUUCUUGAGCUACUGACAGGGAAACUGAAUCAAGACAAUGGAUUUGAAUUGACCAAAUGGGUUAACAGUGUUGUUAGAGAGGAGUGGACGGUGGAGGUUUUCGAUAAGGCAUUAAUUGCAGAAGAUGAUAACCAGGAGAGCAUGGUGCAUUUGCUUCAAGUUGCUGUUAAGUGUGUAAACGCGUAUCCUGAUGCUAGGCCAACCAUGAGCCAAGUCUAUGCUAUGGUCAAGAGUAUUAAGGAAGAUGAAGAUCAAAGAUCUUUGGCCUCUGAUCAGUUCUAAAUUGAUUGAAUCCUUUUAUUUAUAGAUUGCAUUUUCUUGAAGUUCUUUUUAAGUAAUGUUGUUUUAUAUUAGUGUUGUGCGCUUUUGUCUCCACAAAAAUCAUUCCAAUGAUAUGCUUAUUUUGCAAAUGCACAUGACUAAAGAAGUCAUGUUGAUAGAA